AUGGAUUCUGUUAUCUAUUUUGCUCUAUUAAUCGUAUCUGAGGAUGUCCAGGGUCCGAUAACCUCGUAUGGCCUGGGUUCCCUUGGCCUUCGACUAAAGCUGCAGAGAGAUUCUUCAAGCGGCCUAGUGAACCACCACCACGAGAAAGCCAUGCUGCAACGUGCUUUUGACGACGGACCUGGCAUGGUGGCCUCCAUGGGUUACUCUGACAUCUGGCCCGUUGCCACGAACAGGGAAUACGAAGAUUGCGGAAAGCUUGGUGGCCAAACCUGGGGUAAGGUGCAGAGUCAGUCGGUACAAAGAAAGCUUAUUAACAAGAGUCCUUGGGUAAGAAUGUCUGCAGCAUCUGGUGCCUCGUUGAUUUUCAGCAUAGCUUUCGAGAACAUCAAGCAACGAAAGCAAAAGGGAGGAGAAGAGAAGGGAAGAGAGAACGCUCCAUUGGGCUUGGACUAA